GACGCGCGCGCGCAUCACGUGACCCGCAGUGCACAGAAAACAUGGCGGCGCCCUGUGUGACAGCGCUGAGGUGUAUGUUAUUUCAAUCAGCCUCCUCAGGCCUCUCACAGAGAGCAGUGCGGUUGCCAGGAUGCCAGCGAUGCCCAUGCAGUGCCCAGUUUCAACAACGCCGCCACUUCUUCUGGAGAAAAUGGACGAGUUCACGCAGCGUGGUGCGGCCCGCCGUGGUGCGGCCACCUUACCCAGUACCCAAGCACAUCCAGAAGCCAGGCUAUGUCUCCUCCAACUCUGUCCCCGAGUGGCCUGACUAUAUUGAGAUUAAGGAUGAGGAGCAGAUUGAGGGUUUGAGGAGAGCGUGUCAGCUCGCUAGACACAUCCUCCUCCUCGCUGGAAGCAGCCUCAAGGUUGGUAUGACAACUGAUGAAAUUGACUUCAUCGUGCACCAGGAGACGAUCAGACACAAUGCCUAUCCGUCUCCACUGUACUACGGUGGAUUUCCCAAGUCUGUGUGUACAUCUGUAAACAACGUGGUGUGUCAUGGCAUUCCAGACAGUCGGCCACUUCAAGAUGGAGAUAUCAUUAACAUAGAUGUUACUGUUUACCUGGAAGGUUACCACGGCGACACCUCAGAGACAUUUCUGAUUGGUUCCGUGGACAAGCAAGGUAGGAAGUUAGUGGACGUGGCGCGACAGUGUAGAGACAAGGCCAUUGCUGCGUGCGGACCGGGAAGCCCGCUGUGUGUCAUCGGCAAUACAGUCAGUGAAAUUGCCCAUUCGAAUGGUUUCGCCGUGUGUCCAUAUUUCAUCGGCCAUGGCAUUGGAUCUUACUUCCAUGGUCACCCCGAGAUCUGGCAUCAUGCCAACGAUAAUGACUUGCUGAUGGAAGAGGGCAUGGCCUUCACAAUAGAGCCCAUUCUGAUGGAGGGAACCUCUGAAUUCAGGAUCCUGAGAGACAAGUGGACGGCCGUCUCAAUGGAUGACAAAAGAUCAGCCCAGUUUGAGCACACAGUCGUCAUCACCUCUGAUGGUGUGGAGAUUUUGACCAAAUUGCCAGAUGAGGACUGAAUGUGGUCAAGGAGCUUUUGCGUGUUGUUUGAGUGAAGAUUUUAUGUGAGGUGUGUAGUGAAGUAAAAAUAUUUUGUAGUGUUUAAACAAGUGUUCAAAGACAAAAAGACAAUUUUUAUUGUUCACAGGAUAUUCCUGGUUAAAGAAAGAAUAAAAUGUUUGUGCUGCGAUAUUUGUUAGGUAAAGGUGUGCCUUAUAUUGUUUUUGUUACCAUUUUGACAUUUCAGGGGGAUUUUAUGUUAAUCCCAUUUAAAAUGUGUUCGGUAUAAAGCCAAGAAAGAAAUCAGCUUUUUUGCUGUUUUGAUAA